AUGUUAGCCAACUUGUCGAUCUUUAUCACUCUUGCUGUGCUUGCCACCUCUGCUCCCGUCGAGCACGUCCACCACGCGCACCAGAAAAGAGCAGCACAGUGUUCGUUCCCUACCGACAAGGGUCUCGUCAAAAUCACCAACGUCAACGGUGACGGCUGGGCCCAAGACAAGUCCUGCACCCCAGGCAACUACUGUCCUUACGCCUGUCCUCCAGGAAAGCUGAUGGCACAGUGGAACCCAAAAGUCACGUCCUACAGCUACCCUGGCUCCCAGGACGGAGGACUAUAUUGCAACGACAACGGCGAGCUCGAGACGCCGAUCUCUGACCACGACUACUGUGUCGACGGCAAGGGCACUGCCUCGGUCAAGAACUCUGCCUCCAAAAAUGUCGCCUUCUGCCAGACCGUCCUGCCUGGCAACGAGGAGAUGCUGAUUCCAACCAACGUCGACUCGUCCUCGUCGCAGACGCUCGCCGUGCCAGGCACAGACUACUGGGCCAGCACCGCCUCGCAUUUCUACAUCAAUCCUCCAGGAGUUUCCACCGACGAGGGAUGUCAAUGGGGCUCCACCAGCAACCCGUACGGCAACUGGUCACCUUACGUGGCCGGCUUCAACAUGGACGACAGCGGAAACACGUUUGCUAAAAUCGGCUGGAACCCCGUCUACUUUGAGGACUCGUCGCCGUUCAAGAACGACAAGCCAUCGUUCGGUGUUCGUUUGUCCUGCAACAACGGCGACAAGUGCAACGGUAACGCCUGCGAGAUCAACCCGCAGAAGUACGGCCUGAACAAGGUCAGCGGCAGCGACAACGUGAGCGACGGCGCCGCCUGGUGUGUUCUGACGGCCACGGACUACAGCGACGUGACCGUUGAGGUUUUUGAUCUGUGA